AGACUCUGAGGGAGGAUUACUAAACAAGGUGGCUGCGAGAAGAGAUGUUCAAGAUCUUCUCUUCCUGAUGUAAGCGAGAGAGAAUCAGGUGUCAUUCUUCAUCUCCUACAAAAAGCAACGCGAUACAUGAUAGCUGAGGACACGGCCUGCAUAAUAAAGCUUCAUUUAAAUUCAACUUUCAUCCCGCGCUACCUUACCUUGCGGUUUUAUGGACUUUGAAAGGAGGAUACAAGGAGAGCAACUACGAUAGCUACUCCUAUCAUCAAGCAGUAGAUACCCCGAAAGAUGCGGUCGAAAAAUACCACCAAGAUUUGAUAUCUGAUCGAUACGGAGAUGGCGAGAAGACAUCGAAAGCAGUUCAGAUCAUCGUUUAUUUAGGGAAUAGUCCCACCGAUUGAAUAUCCUAUAAAAGCCAUCUUGUAUGGUUAAGAUGACACGACGCGGUGUGAUUGCGAAGCCUUGAAUCGUCACCGUUAAUAUUUACCGAUUUCACAGAUUUACGAGAAGGUAUUGAUCUCCUUACUUUACAUAGUGAGAUUCGAAGUACCUCGAUUUUUUUCCUAAGAUAAAUGCACAGAUCCUGGGAUAAACAUCAUCAAAGAAUGGCUCUUUCCCCCAUAUGCAAUCGCGAACGCAUCUUUAUAGAGUUUUACUCCAAACGGGAAAUAUUAAUAUGUAUUUGGUCACUACCUGAUCAAAUCGAAGGAGUAAUUUAGAUCAUUUGCAUCAAAGUGAUUUUCUCGAAGUUUGUCUUGUUCGAAGCUUUGUGAAACAAAAGAAAGAAUCCCAUUGGACACCAUCGCUAAUGCCUCCUCAAUCCUGGAACAGGUUGUAAAGACUCAAAUUAUUUCAUGAUGGUGAACAUAUAGUACCUUACUAACAGCUUAUCUUGAACUUUGUAUGGGAUUAACAUAAUGGAACCUUGUUUCACAUCAUGUUAAUCAUCUCAUUUGUCCGUGAAUUGUUGAUAGAGACAUGCACAGAUCAUGACCGAAGAGCAUCUGAUGCUUAAGAUCCUGAUAAAUUAAUGAUGGCAUCUUGUUGAGCAUGUCGAUCCUCUACGUUUAUGGGCAACAUGUGCCAAAGAUGGCGGGAAAAUGCCGACUGGUGUUUUGAUUCCUGCGAAAAUGAAGGAAUCUUGUUUAACCCAUCGUGUCAAUAAUCUUACUUGUACGCUAAUCAUGCAUAGAGGCAUCACAGUUUUAUAUAUGAUGAAGGACGCUAAGUAAUGUUUUGAAUUUUGUGGAAAUAUAAGAUGGAAUAUUGUUGGACUUUAUGCCGGCCAUCGCAUUUUUCUUAGACUCUUUUGUAAAAGCUUGCAUGUUCUAAAUAUGGGUGAUCAAACCUAUCGUUUAUUGUUUGGAAAUCUGUGAUACCAACAAGAUGGAAUCUUCUUGAGGAUCACAUCAACCGUCGCGUUAAUUGUCUUUGACUCGUUUAGAAACACUUGCAAAUGCCAAGAUGGCGGAAGGUUACCAACUCCCUUACGUCAUCAGCAUUUCGCUGAUCCUCGUAAUAGAGAUGGUAGCUGGGUUUCUAAGCAACAUGCUUGUGUUGCUGAGCUAUCAUGUUAAUAAACAGUUCCAGCAAAAUGCGAGUGAUCUGAUCAUCACGAACAUGAACCUCGUUGAUCUGGUAAUAUGUGUUGUAUCUAUACCUCUUACACUCAUUGUUAUAAUACGCGCAUGGGAUAAUCCGUUUAUUUGUUAUAUCCACGAGGCGACGAUUAGCUUCGCGAGUGUUGCCUCGGCCAUGAACGUUCUUGUUAUUUCGCUGGACCGCCACGACAAGAUCACAAACCCAUUGAAAAGACGAAUAUCAGUGCGCAAUGUAAAAUGGAUCAUCGGAAUCACGUGGGUGAUGUCACUGAUAGGUUUUGUGACGCCGUUUGUGGGAAUUCGUGGAGAUUUUAUGGUGACAUUUCGAGACGGAAACACAACAAGACCGGCCCUAUGUUACGAAUGGUUCCAGAUUACACGAUCAAAUAACUAUUACGAAUUGUACCACGUUCCCAUAUUCUUUCUCGCGUCAGCCGUUAUGAUGUACGCGUAUUAUUCUAUCAUUCGAGUGACUCGAGUAAAGACUAUUCAUAACGCGUUAGUGAGAGCGACUACGGUACCCUUCCACAUGCGUGCAGAUCAACAAGGGAACAAUAGCAAGCAGAUUGAACGCGAGAACACGCCUACAUCUACGCAUCGCGACCCGGAGAAGCGCGUAUCGCGCACCACUACGAUCAUCUUGUCGACAUUCAUCAUCUGUUGGGGACCGCACACCGCUAUUAGUAUUGUUAUUUUAGUCAAAGGCAGGACAGAACUGUAUGAUCUUCUCGAAUGGUGGUUUUCGGCUCUAGCCUACACAACCAUUCUCAUGCACCCCAUCCUCUAUGUGUUCAUGCGUAGAAACUUCCGGCGCGCGUUCGCGAAUAGUUGUCUCGCGCGAGUGCUGUGUAGAAACCGCGUCGCGCCAGGUUUCACGCCGUCGCCUAGCAACCACCGUAACGCUAAGGCAUUCGCUAGCAAGAAACAGCGACAGGUCAGACCGGGUCAAGCACCUCAAAAUCAACAAUCGCAAAAAACUGAAGUUGAUGGCAGGAACAAAGAAGACCCUGGCGUCACAAAGGAGCAGAAGAGCACCAGGAGAUCUGCCAGAUUGGAGGCUAAGAGAAGGAGAGGUGACAUAGACCCCCCUCCUUCCACUCUUUUUAUCACCCUGUCAACCGCUCUUGAUCGACCUACUACUACUACAGACAAUCUCCGAACCACUCUAACGAAACAAGAAAGUAUGGACGAUGUUAAAGCACUAUAUGUGGCUCAGGAAUCGCUCAAUGUACAAAAUAUGGAGUGAAGAGAUCAUUGGUACAGUAGGACUACACUCUGUGGUCCGUAUUCUGGGUCCCGUCUUACAAAGAGUAACGAUUGAUCCAAUCAAUCUCUACUGUAUAUGGAAAUCCAUCAAUACCAUAUUUUUGUCUACAGGAAAUGUGCACACUCUCCGUGAAGAAAAGAGAAUCACAUGGAUCUUCAAGAGAACAACAAAUGUUUGAAUAUACAUCAUAAUUAUCUUUAAAGUUUUCUGAACAAAAUUGCAUUUUAGUUUUUGACGUUGCCGGCCGUCCAUAGUUGUGGUCGAUCGGAUCAAUCGCAUCCCUUUGUAAGACGGGGCCCUGAACUUUGGCAGGUGGAAGCUUUUAAAUUUCGCUUAAUUUCAUACAAAGAAGUUAUAUUCACUCCUUGGUCGGUACGCAAAUGUCAGGACCGAUGGCGUAAUCCACUCACUAUUUUUUUUUUCGCAUUCUUGAAUAUGAAAUAUUCAUUUUCUCCCCAUUGUCAUGUGAAUUAAAGUUUUAUUCCGCCCUGAAUAUGUGGCAUCACUAUAAUAGUAAUAAUUGUUGAAACAUUUCAUGGUUCAAUCAUAUUGGUCCUUAUUGUUAAAACCUGUGAAGAAUAAUUGAUAUUGUAUGAGUCAAACAAUAACAUACAAAUGAAAUAGUGAGUGAGGGACAUCAUCGACUCUCUCAUUGUGUAUGUCACUGCGUUGUGCAUAUAACCCUUUUUUGAGAAAAAUACGCAAAGCUUUAAAAUUCAUAGCUUUCUUAUUUUUUAUCCGAUUUUGAUGAAUUUUUCAACAUUUUCUUUGUUUGAUUCAUUAAUAAUGCAAAUCCCUUUUUCCUGGAAUGGACUCGGCGACCUUUGAUCAGUUUAAAUUGCCUUUGAAUAGCUGUAUCGUAAAUGUGGUAUGUCUGUAACAAACAAAAUCAUAAUGUAUCAUAUAGUCUUCUUUACAUUCCAUGCCUGAAAAGUAGUUUGAUAGAAAAAACAAACAAAAAAAGAAAAUGAGUUAUUGUAGGAAAACCAACUUUCAUACUUGAUACUUUUAUGAUGAAUUAUAGCCAUUAUUCAAAUCCCAUAAUGUUCUUCUAAGAGUAAGCUUAUUAAAAAUACUCAUGCACCUCAACUGACAACAGACAAAGGUUUGAAAAAAAAAAAAUUUUAGAUAUCACCGCAUAAUACAGGCUUUCAUUAAAAAAUAAAUCGAUUGUGGCAAAAUGAAAUGAAUAACAUCCCGAUUUGAAAGAGGUUCACCAAAUUUACCAGUGUUUCAAAACAUUCACAUUU